AUGUCGAAUACAUUUUCGAUUUCGGAUUCCGAAAAUCCGGGUUACCGGUUAACGCCGGUACGUCCGGCGGCGUUUUCCGCAUCGCCCCUAGACAGCGCCCCGUUUGAACGAACCCGCGGGUUGCCGAGAGGAAUCGGCUCACGCGCGCCGGGACGACUCUCGCGAACGCCGCCGCGGAUACGAUAUCAUCGCGCCGCGGUAUUUAAUAUACGCCGUUCGAUCGGGUGUUGUAAUGUUAUUGUUGUGCGCAUUGUUACUACAACGGGCGGCGGGACGGGUGGGCGGGUGGGCGCGCGCGCGCGAGUGUGCGCCGCAGGUACGCGCGGACGGGCGGUCACUCACUACCGAAACCGUAAUACAGUAUUAUUAUUAUUAUUAUUAUAGGCGUACGUGCGGACCGCGGCGGAACGGGGAUAGAGGGAAUGGCGCGUGCCGUUCGGCUUUGCAAAACGCGGCGGCGGCGGCUCGUGUACUCUGCAGAAACUCCGGGCGAGCUAUCGUUGACACCCGCCGCCGCUGCCGACUGCGAUCGCGACGGCGGUGACGACAAUCCCCCGCCGCGGUCGCCAUGGUAA